GCUCCUGGAAGAGGGUCGCGGCGUCGGGAUUGGCUGCUUCGUUUGAUUUUUCAUUGGUCGGCUGGGGUGGAGGGAGCUGGCGAGCGUUGUUCAGUGCUGGGCUACCAGCCUUAAGGGAGGACGUGGCUGGGGACGUGUUCCAGGGUUCCCUCGAGCCGAUGGUCUUGUGAGUCUCCUCGAAAGGGGUGUCUGGCCAGCUAGGCUAUGGCUGCCGUGGCACUUAAGGCAGCGAGCAGCAGCAGCGUCUGGAAGAGCAGCGCGGCCAGCCUGCAGCUGGCGGCUGCCGCUUCCCGCCGCAGUGGUUGUUUUGAAGCCAGUCAUUGCGGUGGGGGCAGCGGUGCCGGGGACUGGAGAGGCAGGCACAGAGGCUGCGGCCAGCAAAAGGCCCACCGGCAUCAGUCUACAGGGCAUUCCCAGCCCCCUUCUGUAGUCAGCAAAGCCAAGAAGUCGGGGGAAGCUGACCAUGCGGUGCCCGCAGCUGCUCCCGCGGGCAGCCCGCCCAGCCCCGCCGAGGGGGUCGACACCAAGUCCUACCUGUGGGCUAGGUACCAAGAAAUGAAAAAGCUGGUUUACGAUCUACUCCCACCAGGUAUCUGCAGUCUUCUUAACCCAGCAGCCAUCUAUGCAAAUAAUGAGAUCAGCCUGGGAGAUGUGGAGAUCUAUGGCUUUGAUUAUGACUACACAUUAGCACAGUAUUCUAAUUUGUUGCAUUCGAUGAUAUUCAACACUGCCAGAGACAUCCUAAUUGAACACUAUAAGUAUCCAGAAGGACUCAGGAAAUAUGAAUACAUUCCUGGAUUUGCCAUAAGAGGACUUCACUAUGAUGUGCAAAAGAGCCUUUUGAUGAAGAUUGAUGCUUUCCACUAUGUUCAGCUGGGUACUGCAUAUCAGGGGCUAAAACCGGUACCAGAUGAAGAGGUUAUUGAGAUGUAUGGUGGAACCCAGCACAUCCCAUUAUACCAGAUGAGUGAUUUCUAUGGCAAGGGUCCAUCAAUUAAACAAUUUAUGGACAUUUUCUCCCUUCCUGAAAUGACUUUGCUUUCAUCAGUGACUGAUUAUUUCAUGGCUCAUAACAUUGAGUAUGACCAAGUUCAUCUUUACAAAGAUAUAAGUGAUGCCAUUAAAGAUGUCCAUGUGAAAGGAAUGAUGUACAAAUGGAUUGAAAAUGACAUGGAAAAAUAUAUUCUUCAUGGAGAUGAAAUUUAUGCUGUUCUAAAUCGUCUGGUUAGCCACAAUAAGAAACUCUUCCUUAUCACAAACAGUCCCUUCAGUUUUGUUGAUAAGGGAAUGAAGCACAUGGUUGGUAAGAACUGGAGAGACCUCUUUGAUAUGGUUAUUGUGCAAGCAGAUAAGCCCAGUUUCUUCACUGAUAAACGCAAACCUUUCAGAAAAAUGGAUGAAAGAGGUUCACUUCAUUGGGAUAAAAUAAGCAAACUGGAAAAAGGGAAGAUAUACAAACAGGGUAAUCUGUUUGACUUUCUGCGGUUAACAGGCUGGCGUGGCUCCAGGGUUCUUUAUUUUGGUGACCAUUUGUACAGUGACCUUGCAGAUCUUAUGCUGCUUCAUGGUUGGAGGACAGGAGCCAUUGUUCCAGAACUGGAAACAGAAAUCUGUAUCAUUAAUACAGAGCAAUACAUGCACUCUUUGACUUGGCAACAGGCACUUACAGGACUUCUGGAGAGGAUGCAGAUGUAUCAAGAUGCUGAAUCAAAGCAAGUGUUGCUGGAGUGGAUGAAAGAAAGACAGGAAAUUAGGUCACUUACAAAAAACCUGUUUAACCCCCAGUUUGGAAGUAUUUUUCGAACCUUCCACAACCCAACCUACUUUUCUAGAAGACUGAUUCGUUUUUCUGACAUCUACAUGGCAUCAAUCAGUUGCCUGCUGAACUAUGAUGUGAACUUCACCUUCUACCCUCGGCGAACCCCUCUGCAGCAUGAAGCUCCCCUCUGGAUGGAUCAGCUCUGUACUGGUUGCAUGAAGACGCCAUUCUUAGAGGAAAUGGUGCAUAUCCGGUGAAAGGCUGUGCAUGACUGCCCUGUCACACAUUCCCACCUAGUUACUGCCUGGCCAUUGUUGCACUGUGCCUCCCAGCACUUCCUGAGAGAAGGCACUUGGAAUGGAUUGAAGGAAGGUAGAAAAAAUAUGUCAUCAAAAUGCUUUACUGAUAAGAAGUAACCAAGUUUUUAAAAAAUUAAAAUUUAUUUUUUCUCCAAGGGAAUUUGCCCAAGAUGUUCAAAUCAGGGCCUUGGCCUUAAAUCUGAAAUACAGGUGACUGGUAUUUUCAGCACUUUAUAUGCUAAACAGUCCUAUUUGGCCUUGUCUGCACAGAAGUGUUGCAUUGAGAAGUACAUUAGCUGUGAUAGUGCAAAAUUGUAACGUUUGUUCAUCCUUUUGUAAGAGUGCUAAGA